AUGCGCACUUCAGACGAACACGACUUCCGACCAACAGCCUCUCGGGUGUCGUUCGAGGAUGACCCUCCAAGGCAACCUCCACCCGUGAAUCCCUCUCAUCAACAGCUUCAGCCGGCCACUCGAAAUGGCUCAACCACUCAGCUUCCCUCAUCCAACUCUAGCGAAUAUGCAGAGGACUCACGAUCGCUGACCAACAGAUACCAGAAAGCAUUAGGACUCGCCGACACUUCUCUCUCCACAUCAACCCGUACGACCAAGAGCCAAAACCUGGACAGCAGACAGAAGAUCCUCGGCGUUGGGGCCGAGGUAUUCAGCUCGACUGACGAUGAUGACUUCGAUUGGGAUGACUCGGGCGAGUCCGAAUUGGACGAGGCCGAGCGGGAGGAACGCCAGCAGCGGAAACUACGCGCACAUCACGAUCAUCUCGAACACGAGAACCACCUCCGUCGUGCCAAACGUCUUAGGAAGGUUUACCUCUGCUUCAUGAGACUCUCCAGGCCCAUCAGAACCGCCCUACUGCUUGUCCUUGGCUGUAGUAUUACCAUCACGUUGAACCUGCGAUUGUCGUCAUCCUCUGCUACCCCCAAAUCGGGCCAGAUCCAUGUAUGA